CCGCCUUCAGCAAGCCGCAGGAUACCUGCGGGCCGCGCUGCGGGGCAGCUCCUCCUCCUCUCCGCCCCGCCGGCUGCGGGCCGGGAGGACGUCAGCGCUGCCAGCGUGGAAACCGCUGCGGGCCGCGGGAGGCGGAAGUAGUGCCCAGCACCGCGGGCCCAGCACCGGACGCCUCUGCCAUGGACGCCUCCCUGGAGAAGAUAGCAGACCCUACAUUAGCUGAAAUGGGAAAAAACUUGAAAGAGGCGAUGCGGAUGCUGGAGAAGAGCCCGAGAAGAACAGAGGAAGAAAAUGGGAAGAAGCCAGUAUCUGAGGAUAUUCCAGGGCCACUCCAAGGCAGUGGACAAGAUAUGGUGAGCAUCCUCCAGUUAGUUCAAAAUCUGAUGCAUGGAGAUGAAGAUGAGGAGCCCCAGAGCACCAGAAUCCAGAAUAUUGGAGAGCAAGGUCACAUGGCUUUGUUGGGCCAUAGCCUCGGUGCCUAUAUUUCAACUCUGGAUAAAGAGAAGCUGAGAAAACUUACAACCAGGAUACUGUCAGACACUACCUUAUGGCUACGCCGGAUUUUCAGGUACGAAAAUGGAUGUGCGUAUUUCCACGAGGAAGAGAGGGAAGGACUUGCUAAGAUCUGUAGGCUUGCCAUUCAUUCUCGCUAUGACGACUUUGUUGUGGAUGGAUUCAAUGUGUUAUAUAACAAAAAGCCUGUCAUAUAUCUUAGUGCUGCCGCUAGACCUGGCCUGGGCCAAUACCUUUGUAAUCAGCUUGGCUUACCCUUCCCCUGCCUGUGCCGUGUGCCCUGUAACACUAUGUUUGGAUCCCAGCAUCAGAUGGACGUUGCCUUUCUCGAGAAACUGAUCAAAGAUGACAUGGAAAGAGGAAGACUGCCCUUGCUGCUUGUUGCAAAUGCUGGAACCGCAGCAGUUGGACACACAGACAAGAUUGGACGUUUGAAGGACCUCUGUGAGCAGUACAGCAUUUGGCUUCAUGUGGAAGGUGUGAAUCUGGCAACAUUGGCUCUAGGUUAUGUCUCCUCAUCUGUGCUGGCUGCAACCAAGUGCGAUAGCAUGACACUGACUCCUGGCCUAUGGCUAGGUUUGCCAGCUGUUCCUGCAGUGACACUCUACAAACAUGACGAUCCUGCCUUGACACUAGUUGCUGGUCUUACAUCAAAUAAACCUGCAGACAAACUCCGAGCCCUGCCACUCUGGUUGUCUCUACAGUACUUGGGACUCGAUGGCAUUGUGGAGAGAAUAAAGCAUGCUUGUCAGCUGAGUCAACGGUUGCAAGAAAGUUUGAAGAAAGUGGACCACAUCAAAAUCUUGGUGGAAGAUGAGCUCAGUUCUCCAGUAGUGGUGUUCAGAUUUUUCCAGGAAUUAUCAGCCUCGGAUCCAGCAUUUAAAGCUGUUCCUGUAUCCAACACAGCACCUGCAGCAGUUGGCCGGGAAAGACACUCCUGUGAUGCACUGAACCGCUGGCUAGGAGAACAGUUGAAACAGUUGGUGCCUCAGUGUGGCCUCACUGUCAUAGACCUGGAGGUAGAUGGCACAUGUGUUCGGUUCAGCCCUCUGAUGACAGCAGAAGUGUUAGGGACUCGAGGAGAGGAUAUAGAUCAACUCAUCACCUGCAUCCAGAGCAAACUGCCAGUCCUGACCUGUACACUACAGCUACGGGAAGAGUUCAAGCAGGAGGUAGAGGGGACAGCAGGGCUCCUAUAUGUCGAUGACCCCAACUGGCCUGGAAUCGGGGUUGUCAGGUAUGAGCAUGCUAAUGAUGAUGACACCAGUUUGAAAUCUGAUCCAGAGGGGGAAAAAAUACACACCGGACUUCUGAAAAAGUUAAAUGAACUGGAAUCUGACCUCACAUUUAAAAUAGGCCCUGAGUACAAAAGCAUGAAGAGCUGCAUUUACAUUGGCAUGGCAAGUGACGAUGUGGACGUUUCUGAGCUAGUGGGGACCAUUGCAGUCACAGCCCGGGAAAUUGAGGAGAACUCAAGGCUCCUAGAGAACAUGACAGAAGUUGUUCGGAAGGGAAUUCAGGAGGCCCAGGUUCAGCUACAGAAGGCAAAUGAAGAGCGGCUUCUGGAAGAGGGAGUGUUGCGGCAAAUCCCUGUAGUAGGAUCCGUGCUGAAUUGGUUUUCUCCAGUCCAGGCUUCACAAAAGGGAAGAAGUUUUAACUUAACAGCAGGCAGUCUGGAGUCCACAGAAUACACCUAUGUCCACAAAGUACAAGGUACUGGAGUGACACCACCUCCCACACCCUUAGGCACUCGAAGCAAACAGAGGCUUCCAGGUCAGAAGCCUUUUAAAAGGUCCCUGAGAGGCUCGGAUGCUGUGAGUGAGACCAGCUCAGUCAGCCACAUUGAAGACCUGGAAAAGGUGGAGCAGCUGUCCAGUGGGCUAGAGCAUGACAACCUAGAGGCCCACAGCCUGGAGCAGCCUCCCAGGGCUGCUGACCUCACGGCCAGACAGACUGAGACCCUGCAGAACAAGGCCCAGCAUCAGGAAGAUGACCAUUCACAGGUAGAGGAGCUAGAGCGCUUAAGAUAAAGCUCAGUAGUACUGGGCUGGAGGCUGUUCUAACUGUCAUUUCAGGGAAGGUGAAGUUCUCUUGAAGAUGUGAACUAUGCCACAUGUUAAUAUGAUAAAAACUUCUCUUGUUUGUGCUGAACUGGGGGUUUUGCACAGACACAUGUCAGAAAAGCGGGCUUUCCAGGGGGCAAUUAAUUAUUUUAUCUGUAAGUAGGACAAAUGACAAUUGACUAUUUUGGCCUGUCCAACAUAGGCAUACCCUUUCUUCCUGUACCACACAUUUUGUACUGAGAGAACCGUGGACUUCAAGCACCUGCCACUUGAAACACUGCUCUCAUGUCUCUGAAUCUAAUCGUGAUGAAGCUGUAUACAGUGACUCUCCAGGUUCUCUUCCAUCGGUCUUAGCUCUGUAGGUCAGCCAAGUUGUGGGAGAUGCCUGCCUCACUGGUUGGCAUCAGGGAAUGGGUUUCACUGGGACCCUGAGUAAGAGCAUCAGGAGCUCCUCUGCUUCUGUGCCCACUGCUGCUUUCCCUGGAGCCUGAGUAAGGACUGUCCACAUGAGCUGUGGCACUGGGACCAUCCCUUGCUGCACCUUUUCUCCCUUACACAUCCUUUGUAAACAAAUGUAAGGACUCACCUGUUAAUAGUAACUAACUCUAAGAUCUCUUCCUGACCAUAUUUAAGUAUAUUUUUAAACACUGGUAAUGCUUUUAAGUUGGUGCCCAGUGUGCACUGUGCUUGUGUCUAUUUGGGACAGAAAGCCACCAUGACGAGUUCAAUGUCGUCUGCUGUGCAGCACGGUAAGGCUGAAGCAAACACGCCUUUGGCCUGCUUCUCAUGGUGUGGUUGUAGCUUCUCUUCUACUUGAAGCUCACCCUGGGCCCAGCUCAGGAAAGAGCCAGAGAAGUCGCCUCUUCCAGGCUAACAAGCCAGAGCUUGCUGCCUCAUUCCUGUCCAUUUCUAUUUCCCCCAAGUACUGUAUCACUUGUGGUACCCUAAGCUGCCCCACCCCGUGCCUUUCUAGUCCCUAAAAGUCAAACAGUGGAAGAUGCUAAGAUGGUGUUCCUGCAGCCUGCAGUGUUAGAGCCUUAGUUACACCACAUGAAGCCUAUAAUUACAGAGUUCACCGGGGUGAUUGCUGAAAGCUGCCCCUUGUCAACAUGCAGUCUUUUUCCCUUUUUGGGGUGUAAAUGAUUAAAUACAGUCUUCCCUGUUUAUUUGGUGCAAUGAAGUAUGGUAGGUGACAUGGGGGAAGGGGUAAAUUAUUACCUUUAACAAGAUUGAUUUUUAAAUGUUUUUGUACAUUUGGAAUUGUUACCUUGGUUUUGCUGCAACAGAACUUACCUUGAGACUCUAUCUGAUGUUGGCUUAAAUAAAGGCUCUUGAAAUU